GUAUUGAUGUCUUAAAGAAAGAAGAUUUAGUCAAGUGUUUGGAUUUUAUUGAAAAUCAGCAAAGAUGGCCAAGUAUGGAGAAGAGGAGGGCAGGCCAGACGACGGGCAGAACGAGUUCAGUGACAUCAUCAAGUCCAGAUCUGAUGAACACAAUGACGUGCAGAAGAAAACUUUCACCAAAUGGAUAAAUGCUCGCUUUUCAAAGAGUGGAAAACCACCCAUCAGUGAUAUGUUCACAGACCUCAAAGAUGGAAGGAAACUGUUGGACCUUCUGGAAGGCCUCACAGGAACAUCGCUGCCUAAGGAACGUGGUUCCACGAGGGUGCAUGCUUUAAACAACGUCAACAGAGUGCUGCAGGUUCUACACCAGAACAAUGUGGAUUUAGUGAAUAUAGGAGGAACUGACAUUGUAGAUGGAAAUCACAAGCUGACGCUGGGGUUGCUUUGGAGCAUCAUUUUGCACUGGCAGGUAAAAGAUGUCAUGAAGGAUAUCAUGUCAGACUUGCAGCAGACAAACAGCGAGAAGAUCCUGCUGAGCUGGGUGCGCCAGUCCACCAGGCCGUACAGCCAGGUCAACGUGCUCAACUUCACCACCAGCUGGACAGAUGGGCUCGCCUUCAAUGCCCUGCUCCACCGACAUAAACCCGACCUCUUCAGCUGGGACAGAGUUGUCAAAAUGUCCCCCAUUGAGAGACUUGAACAUGCCUUCAGCAAGGCUCAGACGUAUUUGGGAAUUGAAAAGCUGUUAGAUCCUGAAGAUGUUGCUGUUCAGCUGCCUGACAAGAAGUCCAUCAUUAUGUAUUUAACAUCUUUGUUCGAGGUGCUCCCUCAGCAAGUCACCAUAGACGCCAUCCGGGAGGUGGAGACUCUGCCACGGAAAUACAAGAAGGAAUGCGAGGAGGGAGACGUGACUAUGCAGAGCUCAGCGCCAGAGGAGGAGCACGGGAGUCCCCGGGCUGAGACCCCCAGCACCGUCACCGAGGUGGACAUGGACCUGGACAGCUAUCAGACAGCCCUGGAGGACGUGCUGACCUGGCUGCUUUCUGCCGAGGACACGUUCCAGGAGCAGGAUGACAUCUCGGAGGAUGUGGAAGAAGUCAAGGAGCAGUUUGCCACCCACGAAGCUUUUAUGAUGGAGCUGACCGCACACCAGAGCAGUGUGGGGAGUGUCCUGCAGGCCGGAAACCAGCUGAUAACACAAGGAACUCUGUCAGAUGAAGAGGAGUUUGAAAUUCAGGAACAAAUGACCCUGCUGAAUGCCAGAUGGGAGGCACUUAGGGUGGAAAGUAUGGACAGACAGUCCCGGCUGCACGAUGUGCUGAUGGAACUGCAGAAGCAGCAGCUGCAGCAGCUCUCGGCCUGGCUAACGCUCACGGAAGAGCGCAUCCAGAAGAUGGAAACCUGCCCCCUGGACGGGGAUCUGCAGUCCCUCCAAAAGCUGCUGGAAGACCAUAAAAGUUUGCAAAAUGAUCUUGAGGUUGAACAGGUGAAGGUAAAUUCACUAACUCACAUGGUGGUAAUUGUUGAUGAAAACAGCGGUGAGAGUGCCACAGCUGUCCUAGAAGAUCAGUUACAGAAACUUGGUGAACGUUGGACAGCAGUGUGCCGAUGGACUGAAGAACGCUGGAACAGGUUACACGAAAUCAGUAUCUUGUGGCAGGAGUUAUUGGAAGAACAGUGCUUGCUGAAAGCUUGGCUAACCGAAAAAGAAGAAGCUUUAAAUAAAGUCCAGACGAGCAACUUCAGAGACCAAAAGGAACUAAGUGUCAGUGUUCGACGACUGGCUAUUUUGAAGGAAGACAUGGAAAUGAAGCGUCAAGCGUUGGACCAGCUGAGUGAGAUUGGCCAGGAUGUGGGUCAGUUACUUGAUAAUCCGAAGGCAUCUAAGAAGAUCAACAGUGACUCGGAGGAACUGACUCAGAGGUGGGAUUCUCUGGUGCAGAGACUAGAAGAUUCCUCCAACCAGGUGACUCAGGCCGUGGGAAAGCUGGGGAUGUCGCAGAUUCCUCAGAAGGACCUUCUGGAGACUGUUCACAUCCGAGAACAAGUAUCCACCAAACGGUCUAAGCAGGAGCUGCCUCCUCCCCCGCCUCCAAAGAAGAGGCAGGUCCCCGUGGACACGGACACUAGGAAAAAGUUUGAUGCCCUGAGUGCAGAGCUGUUGGACUGGAUUUUGAAAUCAAAGACUGCCAUUCUGGCCACAGAGAUAAAAGAAUAUAAGAAGAUGCAAGAGACUUCAGAAAUGAAAAAGAAGCUGAAGGGACUAGAAAAAGAACAGAUAGAAAGAAGACCCAGACUGGAUGAAUUAAACCAAACUGGACAAAUCCUUUCGGAGCAAAUGAGAAAAGAAGGUCUUCCGACUGAAGAUAUAAAACAUACCCUGGAGAAGGUACUAUCAGAAUGGAAGAAUGCGUCUCAGCAUUUGGAAGAUCUGGCGAGAAAGAUUCAGCUCCAGGAAGAUAUAAACACGUACUUUAAACAACUCGAUGAGCUUGAAAAGACCGUAAAGGCAAAGGAGGAGUGGGUACAACAUGCCCCCUCAUCAGCAUCUCCCCAGCAGUCCUUGCCGAGCGUCAAGCGGGAACUGACGAAUCUCCUUGGCCUCCACCCCAAAAUUGAAACGGUGCGUGCCAGCUGUGCAGCCCUGAAGUCUAGGCCUUCUGCCCCAGAUUUUGUGCAGCAGGCCUUCGAUCGCUUUCUGGGCCACUACCAGUCUGUGCAGCAGGAUUUAGAGGAUCAGCAGCAGCAGCUAGAGAAUGAAAUGAAGAGCCAACCUGGACACGCAUAUUUGGAAAUGUUGAAAACACUGAAAGAUACGCUAAAUGAUUCAGAAAGUAAGGCCCAGACGUCGUUGGAUGUCUUGAAUGAUCUUGCAGAGGUGGAAAAGGCCCUGCAAGAAAAAAAGGCCCUUGAUGAACUCCUUGAGAAUCAAAAACCUACAUUAUUUAAACUUGCAGAAGAAACAAAGGCUUUGGAGAAAAACGUUUCUCCAGAUAUAGAAAAAAUGUAUAAUCGAGAAUUGAGUGAUGUUGAAGGAAAGUGGAACAAAGUAAAGGUCAAGGUUUCCAAAGAUCUGCAUUUGCUUGAAGAACUUACGCCCAAACUAAGAACUUUCGAGGCUGAUUCGAAAGUCAUUGAGAAGUGGAUGGAUGGUGUGAAAGACUUCUUAAUGGAAGAGCAGGCUGUCCAGGGAGAUGCCGAAGGGCUACAAAGGCAGCUUGACCAGUGCUCGGCUUUUGUUAAUGAAAUAGAAACAAUUGAGUCAUCGCUGAAAGACAUGAAGGAAGUAGAGACUAACCUUCGAAGUUGUCCAGUUGCUGGAAUCAAAACCUGGGUGCAGACAAAACUAGCUGACUAUCAACCCCAACUGGAGAAGUUCAGCAGGGAGAUUGCUAUUCAGAAAAAUAGGUUGUCCGAAAGUCAGGAAAAAGUGGUGAACUUGAAGAAAGACUUGGCGGAGAUGCAGGAAUGGAUGACUCAGGCGGAAGAAGAGUACCUGGAGAGGGAUUUUGAAUACAAGUCACCAGAAGAACUUGAGAGUGCUGUGGAAGAAAUGAAGAGGGCAAAAGAGGAUGUGCUGCAGAAGGAGGUGAGAGUGAAGAUCCUGAAGGACAACAUCAAGUUACUGGCUGCUCGGGGGCCCUCUGGUGGCCAGGAAUUGACGUCGGAGCUGAACGUGGUGCUGGAGAACUACCAGCUUCUUUGCAACAGAAUUCGAGGAAAGUGCCACACGCUAGAGGAGGUGUGGUCCUGCUGGAUGGAGCUGCUGCACUACCUGGACCUGGAGACGGCCUGGCUGAGCAGCCUGCAGGAGCGCGCCAUCCCUGUCCAGUCCCUAGAAUCUGUUUUGCGACAUCCAGCGGAUAAUCGCACCCAGAUUCGGGAACUUGGCCAGACUCUGAUUGAUGGUGGGAUCCUCGAUGACAUAAUCAGUGAGAAACUGGAGGCCUUCAACAGUCGAUAUGAAGAACUGAGUCACCUGGCAGAGAGCAAGCAGAUUUCGUUGGAAAAGCAGCUCCAGGUCCUGCAGGAAACUGAUCACAUGCUGCAGGUUUUGCAGGAGAGCUUAGGGGAGCUGGACAAGCAGCUCACGACGUACCUGACCGACAGGAUAGAUGCCUUCCAGGUUCCGCAGGAAGCUCAGAGAAUCCAAGCAGAGAUCUCUGCCCAUGAGCUGACGCUAGAGGAGUUGAGAAGAAACACUCGUUCUCAGCCUCCGACCUCCCCAGAAGGCAGGACUGCUAAGGGAGGAAGUCAGAUGGAUGUCCUGCAGAGGAAGCUUCGAGAGGUGUCCACUAAGUUCCAGCUUUUCCAGAAGCCCGCGAACUUCGAACAGCGCAUGCUCGACUGCAAGCGCGUGCUGGACGGAGUGAAAGCAGAGCUGCAUGUUUUGACCGUGAAGGAUGUGGACCCUGAUGUCAUCCAGACCCACCUGGACAAGUGUAUGAAACUCUAUAAAACUCUAAGUGAAGUCAAGCUUGAAGUGGAGACUGUAAUCAAAACUGGAAGGCACAUUGUUCAGAAGCAGCAGACUGACAACCCCAAGGGGAUGGAUGAGCAGCUGACAUCUCUGAAGGUGCUCUACAAUGACCUGGGUGCCCAGGUCACAGAGGGAAAACAGGAUCUGGAAAGAGCUUCACAUCUGGCCCGGAAAAUGAGGAAAGAGGCGGCUUCUCUCUCGGAAUGGCUCUCGGUGACUGAAGCGGAACUGGUGCAGAAAUCCACCUCCGAAGGUUUGCUCGGUGACUUGGACGCAGAGAUUUCCUGGGCUAAGAAUAUUCUGAAGGACCUGGAAAAGAGAAAAGCUGAUUUAAAUUCCAUCACAGAGAGCAGUGCUGCCCUCCAGAACUUGAUCGAGGGCAGCGAGCCUGUUUUAGAAGAGAGGCUCUGUGUCCUCAACGCCGGGUGGAGCCGAGUACGCACCUGGACCGAGGAUUGGUGCAACACCUUAAUGAGCCAUCAGAACCAGUUGGAAAUAUUUGAUGGAAAUGUUGCUCACAUAAGUACCUGGCUUUAUCAAGCUGAAGCUCUGUUGGAUGAGAUUGAAAAAAAACCAGCAAGUAAACAGGAAGAAGUUGUGAAGCGUUUACUGUCUGAGCUGGAUGAUGCCCGACUCCAAGUUGAGAAUGUCCGCGAUCAAGCUGUCGUUUUGGUGAAUGCGCGUGGAGGCUCAAGCAGGGAGCUUGUGGAACCAAAAUUAGCAGAACUGAAUAGAAACUUUGAAAAGGUGUCCCAACACAUCAAAAGUGCCAACUUGCUAAUUGGCCAGGAACCAUUAUCAUACCAACAUCUGGUCACCACUGAAGCAUUCGAAGCUGAUGUGCCUUUCUCUGACUUGGAAAAACUGGAAAAUGACAUAGAAAAUAUGUUAAAAGUUGUGGAAAAACACUUGGAAUCCAGUAAUGAAGAUGAAAAGGUGGAUGAGGAAAGGGCCCAGAUUGAGGAAGUUCUACAAAGAGGAGAACAAAUGUUACAUCAUCCUACGGAGGAUAGUAAAAAGGAAAAGAUCCGCCUGCAGUUACUGCUUUUGCACACAAGAUACAACAAAACUAAGGCAAUCCCUAUUCAACAGAGGAGAACAGGCCAACUAACUUCGGGAAUUAAAUCAUCACCGCUCCCUGCAGAGUAUUUGGUUGAAAUUAAUAAGGUUUUACUUUCCAUGGAUGAUGCUGAAUUAUCACUUAAUAUUCCGGAGCUCAGCACUGCUGUGUAUGAAGACUUCUCUUUUCAGGAAGAUGCUCUGAAGAAUACCAAAGACCAGUUGGACAGACUGGGAGAGCAGAUCGCAGUCAUUCAUGAAAAACAACCAGAUGUUAUCCUUGAAGCUUCUGGACCUGAAGCCAUUCAGAUCCGGGAUACACUUACUCAACUGAAUGCAAAAUGGGACAGAAUUAAUAGGAUGUACAAUGAUCGUAAAGGUCAUUUUGACAGGACGGUGGAAGAGUGGAGACAAUUCCAUUGUGACCUUAAUGACCUCACCCAGUGGAUAACGGAAGCUGAAGAGUUACUGGCGGAUUCCUUGGCUCCAGAUGGUGGCCUGGACUUAGAGAAAGCCAGGAUACACCAGCAGGAACUCGAAGAGGGGAUCAGCAGCCACCAGCCCAGUUUUGCAGCAUUAAACAGAACUGGGGACGGGAUUGUCCAGAAACUCUCCCCCACAGAUGGAAGCUUCUUCAAAACCAAGCUGGCAGGCCUAAACCAGCGCUGGAGUGCGAUCCUUGCAGAAGUGAAGGAUCGGCGGCCAAGGCUAAAAGGAGAAAGUAAGCAGGUGAUGGAAUAUAGAAAGAGACUAGAUGAGAUUAUCUGCUGGUUAACAAAGGCCGAGAAUGCUGUGCAGAAGAGAUCAGCCACUGAGCUGGAAGAAAACCUGAAAGAAUUAACAGACUUAAGCCAGGAGAUGGACGUACAAGCUGAGAAGCUCAAAUGGCUGAAUCGAGCUGAACUGGAAAUGCUUUCAGAUAAAAGUCUGAGUUUACAUGAAAGAGAGAAGACUUCAGAAAGCUUAAGAACUGUAAAUUCGACAUGGAAUAAGGUGUGCAGAGAAGUGCCCAGCGCACUGAAGGAGUGCGCCCAGGAGCCCUGUUCUGUUUCUCAGUCCAGAGUCGCUGCUCAUCCCAGUGUCCUAAAGGUGGUGCUAGCAUCCUCCGCUUCAGACCUGCCUGCUCAGCCUCCUCGGGCUUCGGAAAUUUCAGUCCCUGCAGAUCUGGAUAGAACCAUCACCGAGCUAGCCGACUGGCUGGUGCUGAUCGACCAGAUGCUGAAGUCCAACAUCGUCACUGUCGGGGAUGUAGAGGAGAUCAAUAAGACGGUCUCCAGAAUGAAAAUCACAAAGGCUGACUUGGAACAGCGCCACCCUCAGCUUGAUUAUGUUUUUACUCUGGCUCAGAAUUUGAAAAAUAAAGCUUCCAGUUCAGAUGUGAGAACAGCAAUCACAGAAAAAUUGGAAAAGGUCAAGACCCAGUGGGACGGCACUCAGCAUGGCGUCGAGCUGCGUCAGCGGCAGCUGGAGGACAUGGUGAUCGACAGCCUGCAGUGGGAUGACCACAGGGAGGAGACCGAAGAGCUUAUGAGAAAAUACGAGGCUCGCUUCUAUAUUCUUCAGCAAGCCCGAAAGGAUCCGCUGAUCAAGCAAAUUUCUGAUAAUCAAACGCUGCUUCAGGAGCUGGGGCCUGGCGAUGGCGCCGUGAUGGCGUUCGACAGUGUGCUGCAGAAGCUCCUGGAGGACUAUGGCAGCGACGACACAAGGAACGUCAAGGAGACCACCGAGUACCUGAAAGCGUCCUGGGCCAGCCUCAGACAAAGCAUUGCUGACAGACAGAGCGCCUUGGAGGCUGAGCUGAGGACAGUGCAGGCCUCUCGCAGGGACCUGGAGAACUUCCUGAAGUGGCUACAAGAAGCAGAAACCACAGUGAAUGUGCUCGCGGAUGCCUCUCAGCGCGAGAAUGCUCUUCAGGACACUGUCUUGGCCAAGGAACUCACACAGCAGAUGCAGGACAUCCAGGCAGAAAUUGAUGCCCACAAUGACAUAUUUAAAAGUAUUGAUGGAAACAGGCAGAAGAUGGUAAAAGCUCUGGGAAAUUCUGAAGAGGCUACUAUGCUUCAGCAUCGACUCGAUGAUAUGAACCAAAGAUGGAACGACUUGAAAGCAAAAUCUGCUAGCAUCAGGGCCCAUCUGGAGGCCAGUGCUGAGAAGUGGAACAGGUUGCUGAUGUCCUUGGAAGAGCUGAUCAAGUGGCUGAAUGUGAAAGAUGAAGAGAUCAAAAACCAAAUGCCUAUUGGGGGGGAUGUUCCGGCCUUACAGCUCCAGUACGAUCAUUGUAAAGCACUGAGACGUGAGUUAAAGGAGAAAGAGUGCUCCGUCCUGAACGCCAUAGACCAAGCUCGAGUUUUCCUGGCUGAUCAGCCCAUCGAGGCCCCUGAAGAGCCAAGAAGAAACCUGCAGUCGAAAGCAGAAUUGACUCCCGAGGAGAGAGCCCAAAAGAUUGCCAAAGCCAUGCGCAAACAGUCUUCAGAAGUUAAAGAGAAGUGGGAAAGUCUAAAUGCUGUUACUAGUAACUGGCAGAAGCAAGUGGACAAGGCGUUGGAGAAGCUCAGAGACCUGCAGGGAGCCAUGGAUGACCUGGAUGCUGACAUGAAGGAGGCGGAGGCCGUGAGGAAUGGCUGGAAGCCCGUGGGCGACUUACUCAUCGACUCCCUGCAGGACCACAUUGAAAAAACCAUGGCAUUUAGAGAAGAAAUUGCGCCGAUCAACUUAAAAGUUAAAACCGUGAAUGAUUUAUCGAGCCAGCUGUCUCCGCUUGACCUGCACCCAUCCCUGAAGAUGUCUCGCCAGCUAGAUGACCUCAAUAUGCGCUGGAAGCUUUUGCAGGUUUCUGUGGACGAUCGCCUUAAGCAGCUUCAGGAAGCCCAUAGAGAUUUUGGACCCUCCUCUCAGCAUUUUCUCUCGACUUCAGUCCAGCUGCCGUGGCAAAGAUCCAUUUCACAUAAUAAAGUGCCCUAUUACAUCAACCAUCAGACACAGACAACCUGUUGGGAUCAUCCUAAAAUGACCGAACUCUUUCAAUCCCUUGCUGACCUGAAUAAUGUACGUUUCUCGGCCUACCGUACGGCCAUCAAAAUCCGAAGACUACAGAAAGCACUGUGUUUGGACCUCUUAGAGUUGAAUACAACCAAUGAAGUUUUCAAACAGCACAAGCUGAACCAAAAUGAUCAGCUCCUCAGUGUCCCAGAUGUCAUCAACUGUCUGACAACCACGUACGACGGCCUUGAACAAAUGCAUAAGGACCUGGUCAAUGUCCCGCUCUGUGUGGAUAUGUGUCUCAACUGGCUGCUCAAUGUUUAUGACACGGGUCGGACUGGAAAAAUCAGAGUGCAGAGUCUGAAGAUUGGAUUGAUGUCUCUCUCUAAAGGCCUCUUAGAAGAAAAAUACAGAUAUCUCUUUAAGGAAGUGGCAGGACCAACAGAAAUGUGUGACCAGAGGCAGCUUGGCCUCUUACUCCACGAUGCCAUCCAGAUCCCCCGGCAGCUGGGAGAAGUAGCAGCUUUUGGAGGCAGUAACAUUGAACCCAGUGUUCGCAGCUGCUUCCAACAGAAUAACAACAAGCCAGAGAUAAGUGUGAAGGAGUUUAUAGACUGGAUGCGCCUGGAACCACAGUCCAUGGUUUGGCUGCCAGUGUUACACCGAGUGGCAGCAGCAGAGACUGCAAAACAUCAGGCCAAAUGCAACAUCUGUAAAGAAUGUCCGAUUGUUGGAUUCCGGUACAGAAGCCUGAAGCAUUUUAACUAUGAUGUCUGCCAGAGCUGCUUUUUUUCAGGUCGAACAGCAAAAGGUCACAAAUUACAUUAUCCGAUGGUGGAAUAUUGUAUACCUACAACAUCUGGGGAAGAUGUGCGGGACUUCACCAAGGUGCUGAAGAAUAAAUUCAGAUCAAAGAAAUACUUUGCCAAACACCCUCGGCUUGGCUACCUGCCUGUUCAGACGGUUCUCGAGGGUGACAACUUAGAGACUCCUAUCACACUCAUCAGUAUGUGGCCAGAGCAUUAUGACCCCUCACAGUCUCCUCAGCUGUUUCAUGACGAUACCCAUUCAAGAAUAGAACAGUAUGCCACACGACUGGCCCAAAUGGAAAGGACCAAUGGGUCUUUCCUCACUGAUAGCAGCUCUACCACAGGAAGUGUGGAGGACGAGCAUGCCCUCAUCCAGCAGUACUGCCAGACCCUCGGAGGGGAGUCCCCGGUGAGCCAGCCGCAGAGUCCAGCUCAGAUCCUGAAGUCGGUAGAAAGGGAAGAACGUGGAGAACUGGAGCGGAUCAUCGCUGACUUGGAGGAAGAACAAAGAAAUUUGCAGGUGGAAUAUGAGCAGCUAAAGGAGCAGCACCUGAGAAGGGGGCUGCCUGUCGGCUCACCUCCAGACUCUAUCGUUUCUCCUCAUCACACAUCUGAAGAUUCAGAACUUAUAGCCGAAGCAAAGCUCCUCAGGCAGCACAAAGGUCGGCUGGAGGCUAGGAUGCAGAUUUUGGAAGAUCACAAUAAGCAGUUGGAGUCUCAGCUCCACCGACUUCGACAGCUGCUGGAGCAGCCUGAACCUGAUCCCCGGAUCAAUGGUGUCUCCCCUUGGGCUUCCCCUCAGCGACCUGCACUGAGCCACUCGCUCGAUCCGGACGCCGGCCCACAGUUCCACCAAGCAGCGGAAGACCUGUUGGCCCCGCCUCAUGACACCAGCACGGACCUCACAGAGGUGAUGGAGCAGAUCAACAGUUCAUUUCCAUCCUGCUGCCCAAACGUCCCCAGCAGGCCACAGGCAAUGUGAAGCAUUCAUCAGCCAACAAACAUUUCCUGACCUUCAGUGUUGCCCUUUCCAGCAAAUGCCAGUUUCCAAGCUCCAUUUCAUCAGAAGCCCCAUGGCUCCCUGAAACAGGCCGUUGAGCACCGAGCACGAGUCCUACUGAAGGGGGGAAACACUGACUAUCCAAAGAGAGAAGGAUACUUUGUUUUAUAAUAAUCAUUUAGUAUUGUUUUCUCCUUCCCUUUCUAUGCAACUGUAAAUUAAUGAACAGAGCGGUGUUGGGGAUCGGUGGUGCAUUUGUCACAGAUUUGUAUACUGUACACAGCAUCGGGAAGGUGGGUGGGGACUUUCUAACGUGACACCUUUUUAAUAACCGUGAUGAAAAUUGCAGAAGAACUAGAAGACAGUUUUACAGUUUACAUUCCUUUAUAUUAACCUUGUACAAUAACUUCAUUUAUUUCUUCAGCUCUUUUACCAUUACGUUUUGGUUAUUUAUAAACUCAUCAGCCACAUGACCAAAUAGAUUUCCUAUAUUUGUUUUCAUGAUUUGGCCAAUUGAUAAGUUCAUAUAUUUCAGUCACUUAUAUCAUAUGUGUAUGGAUUAGGCCAUAGCGCUGUGUAUACUUUUUAACUUUAUUUGACACCAUACACUUACUUUUUUUUUUUUAGCAACCACUUGGAUAACCACAAUAAAAAUCCUGUGGGCCUAACUGGCAUUUCCGUUGGGAUUUUUUCCCCCCCUGCAUUUUAUUUCCCUGCUCUAUAGAAGUAGCUCGUGAUUUCUUUAUUUAUUUCACACCCCAGUUUAUAGGAUAGAGGAGACUUAAAGUAGGAUUAUAACAAUCUCACAGGUCAUUUUACCAAAGGUUGCCUAUUUAAGCAUAUUUUCAUUUUGGCACAGAAACGACACUUGGUACAACCUUUCCUAGUUCAAAGGCCUUGAUUUUCUUUGUUAAAUACACAGCAGGCCUUUACCCCAUUGUAAUGCUGGAUACAUUGUCGUCUUUGGUUCCCUUUGAAGAGCAUUUAUUGUUCUUCAUGUAUAUUUAAGCCCUUUAUAAUUCUUGAAACUCCCAGCUAUUUUCUUUGGAAAGCAGGCACAAAUUUAGUGCACGUCGCAUUGUCCCUUUGGGUGAAUAGCAGAUGUGCUGUCACCCCUUCUGUGAUCCGUGCACUUGGGGAUAAAGCCCAGGUCACUGCUUCUGCCGAAGAACGAAACUGAUGCUUGGGUGGUGGUGCCCUCCUAACUCCGAGUGCAUUCAACUGGGCAUUUGGUUCAGCUUCCAAUUUAGCACUUAAUUCAUUCAGUUUAGACAUGUUACGUAAUUACCAAAUGUAGAGAAACCAAAAAACAAAACAAAAAAAGAGUUAAAAUAACAUGUUUUGAUUCAAGCACAUGCGCUUUUAAGACAUCAGGACAUUUUAACUUUGGGCUCUCUUGAGCUGGGAUCUGGCCAGAAGGAGACUUAAAGUUAGAAAUUCCUAUUCUUUGUGAAAAUGGUGGGUGGGUUGGGGGGCAAGGGUGUCUAUUUGCAGCAUAGAUAUUUUGAGAAGAAGAUUGUUUUAUACAAGAGGAAAGCCAUGACCACCUUUCUACCUCAGACCCGUCUUCAUCCAUCGUGUCAGAAAUAGCUUUACGCCGCUACAGUCUGCAAAACCUAGAGCUUUUAUCAGGCCACAUGAUACCCACGAAAAGCAUCUAUUUAAAGAAAAAAAUUCCCUGAACUCUGAACUACACGUUGUCGAUUUGGUGUCUUCCUUGUUCUUUGAAAAGCUAUGUAUUAAUUUUUUCCUGCCUGUAAUUGUGUGCAACAUGUCUAUUCUAUCUGCUAUUAAGGAAAAGCUACAUAAAACACUACAUUGUAACCUUCUAAAUAAUAAUAAGUAAAGAGAAAUAUAUUGCAGUAACAGCAACAGGAAAUAAGUAUGUAGUUCUUUGGAAAUAUGUGGUCAAGAACUAACCAUAGACUAUCAUCUAAUGUGGUUACAUGUUGUAUUUUUCAUCCUGAAUAAAAGUAAUUUUAACACAAGA